AUGAGCUUGCAAAAUCCAUUGGACCGUCGAUUAUCAAGCCUUCCAUCGAUCGCCUCAACGUCUUCACAUUAUACUUAUAGGGUUUCUUGCUGUAUUUUUUGUGAUUUAAUUUUUAAAUAGUUAAUUUUUCAGAAUGCGCGGUUCGGCUGUACAUUAUUAACACAUUUGAACGAUUUGCGCCAGCAGGACGUCCUUACUGACGUUGUUUUGGUGAUUUCCAAGCGGGAAAUGGUUUUGAAAUGUGGAAAUUUACUUCAGGUUGUGGCUGAACAACGUAUAAACGCCCAUCGAUUGGUUUUGGCGGCAUGUUCUGGAUAUUUUCACGGGAUGUUCACUUCCAGAAUGGUCGAGUGUCAUUCGAGUGAGAGGAAAAUUCAGAAAAUCCUCUGGAAUAUUUUUAAUAUUCAGGAGAAGUUCAAAUCCAUGAAGUCGACCCCCAGACGAUGGAAUCGAUUGUUGGAUUUUGUUAUACGGGGGAAUUGGAAAUCACUGAACUAAAUGUACAGAAUAUCCUGGCGGCUGCUUGUUUGUUACAACUUUCGGAAGUUCAGGUCGGGGUUUCCUUGAUUUUUUAAUCUGUAUCAUCCUUGUAUUGUUUUUUGCAUAUUUUUGCUAGUUUAAAGCAAUUUUUGAAGUAUUUCAAAGAUAUGAGAAGAAAAAAUGAGCAUUUUAAAACAUGAAAACGGAGCAUUUUCUCGAAAUUAAGCGAAAAAAAGACGAAGAUUUUUUUGGUUUAAAAUUGGAUUCUUCACGAAAUUUGUUCAUUAAAAAAACGUCUCAAUAUCAUUUUUUUAUUUAAAAAAACUUUCGUCGCACAUUUUGGUGUACAUUUGAGUUAAAUUUAUAUCCCUAUAGUGAACCCUUGAAAAUUGUUACUCUCCGGUUUUUUUCACGGGAAAAAGUCCUCAAAUUGAAAGAACGUACUCCUAAAAAAAUUUGCGUAAAAAACUUUUUUUUUUAUUUUUGAGUUUGGAGAUUUUUUUCUGUGAUAGCAAUUACGAAAAAAACGCCUCAAAAAUCCGAAAAAAAUUGCCCCUAGUUGAGAAAAAAAUUGUUGUUUUUUUGACCGUAUUUGUCAAUUAUGUUCCAAAAAAAAUCAUAAUUUUUUUCAAGAAAAAAAGAGUAUUUUUUUAUUAUUUUAACGCAAUUUUCGUCCGAAAAUUUUUUUUAAUUUCUUGGUAACGCGAAUCGGACUAGUCGGAUCAUUUCUAGGGACCACUUUAGUGACCACUUUAUCACUUCUUGUUCGUAAUAGUCGUCAGAGAAUGAAAAAUAUAACUCAUUUUUGGAGGGUCAGAGACAAUUUCGAUUUUCAACGUUUUGCCUCGUUCAAAAAGCUCAGGACUAGUCGUGGCAUUUCUAGGGACCUCUCCAGGGACACUUUAAUCACUUUAGGGACCACUUAGCCACUUAUUUUUCGAAAUAGCCGUCAGAGAAUGAGAAAAAUGACUAGAUUUUGGAGGGUCAGAGAUAGUUUUGAUCAUUACGGAAAUUUCUAUGAACCAAAUUUCCAAAUAAGGAAACGAUUCCAGACGGCUUGCUGUGAAUACCUGAAAAAGCAGCUGGACCCGUCGAAUUGCCUCGGAAUCCGGGCAUUCGCCGACACCCUAGCAUGUCGAGAACUCAUGUCCAGUGCCGAUAAUUAUACUUUGAAAAAUUUCUCGGUGAUUUUUAUCAAUUUCCUUGCGAAAAUCUGAAAGAUUUUCGUUCAGAGCGUCGUGGGAACCGAAGAGUUUCUAAUGUUACCCGUCGAUUUAUUAAUGGAAAUUAUCGCCAGUGAUAAACUCAACGCGACUUCUGAGGAAAUGGUUCUUUCUUAAUUUUUACCGAAAAAAAACGGAAUUUUCCAGGUAUUUUCCGCCGUAAUGCAAUGGGUCCGAGCGGACAUGGCUUCCAGGAAAAAAUAUUUGUCCGAGGUGAGAAAAAAAUUUCCGAUUUUUGAUGGAUUUUUAUUAUGAAAUCAACCGUAGUAGAAAAAAACCUAUAAUUAAACUUCCAAAAAAAUCUAAAAAAAUUAUAGUAAAUUUUAGUUGGUUUGUCACAAAAAAAUCGAGAUUUUUACUGAAGAAAAAAAUGCAAUUUUUCUUUUUUUCAAGUCAAAGCUUUUUAAAAAAAUUGGUUUCCAGGAAUUUUUUUAAACUUCCAAAAAAAUCAAAAAUUAAAUUUUUCAAUAGUUUUUCGGUUAUUUUUAUACCUUUUUGUCGGGAUUUAAACUCAAUUUUUCUCCAUCGUAUAAAGGAAAAAUUUUUUUAGAUUGAUCGCUUAUGAAAAAAAUAUUUUUGGAGCUCUGAAAAUCUUGUGGUUCAUUUUUGUAUGCAACUAUUUCCACCUUUUACACCGCAAUUUUCGCUAUUUUUUCGUUUUUCUUUCAAAAAUUUCUAUGUUGAAUAUCAAAAAGCAGAUUCUAGCCCCUAAAGUGAUCACUUGAAGUAUUUGUUACUUUAUAGUUUGGCCAACAGAUUUUUUUAGAUUUUCUUCAAGAUUUAGUUGGUUUUUAUAGUUAAAUUUCCUUCAGAUUGCUCCAAAAAUCGAUUUUUUUGCUUUAGAAAAUUGUGUCCCUUUUUCUCAAGUCAAGAAUUUUUUUGGGAAAAUUUAUUAUUUAUAUUGAUUGAAUUUUUAAAUACCUACGGAUUUUUUUGACGUCGUAUUUUUUUAAGUUGAUUCGUUUUAAAAAAUCGACAUUUUAUUGAAGAUUAACCUAUACCUUUUUUUAAACACUUUUUUCUUACUUAAGAUUUAUCAUUUUUACUUGAAGUAGUGAUUGAUCGAUUGAAAUUUUAUAAAAGCCUAUGGAUUUCCUUCAACUUCUUAUUGUGUUUUAUAGUUAAUUUUUCUUCAAAUUAUCAAAAAAACAGGGUUUUGCUGUGGGAAAGCUUGUCCCUUUUUUCCGUUCAGGGUUUUUUUUUUGGAUAGUUGUCAGUUAUAUUCAUUUUUAGCUCAUGGAAGAUAUGAAGCGAUUGAAUUUUCAAUAAAAAAAAAUUUCGGAGAAUCUUUUCUAUUGAGUUUUAUAGUUGGUUUGUCCCAAAAACAAAAAUUGCACUGUAGAAAAAUGUGUCCCUUUUCUCGAUUCGAGGCUUUUCUGUGUCUUCCUUACAUUAAAAAAAAAUCGAUUCAAUUUUUAUCAAAAACCAUCAGAGGUCUUAUUGAUUUUUACAGAUGAUUUUUCUAUAAAUUUUCUGAAAAAUCGAGAUUUUUUUCUUUAGUAAAAAGUAUCCAUUUCCUUAAUUAAAGUCUUUUCGUUAGGAUUCUUGAAGAAUUCCGUGAUUAAUCGAUCCUUUUUACGGCGUUUCCAGAGCUACGCCCCACCUAUAAAAAAGUCGUCAAAUAAAAUGUUUCUUGUGCAUUUACCGCUGACGAAAAUGAACAUACUGCCAAUAUUUUUCAUAACUUUCAAAUAAACGAAAAAAAUUUUUUUGAAGCCAGAAAAAGAAAAAAACGAAUAAUUGCUUAUUUAUACAUUAGAUUAUUGUUUUUAGUCAACAUAUAACAGCAUAUUCACAAAAAGAAAUAAUUAAAAAGCCAAAAUUUUGAAAUUUCCCAAUAAUUUUGUAGUCUUAUAGCUUCUGAGCUAACAUGUUAAAUCGGACGGAACCACGUUUCCUAUGCGCUAGUUUACGAAAUUGUAAGUCCCGCAUUACAGAAAAAUUGACUGAGAGAGAGGAACAAAAAAAAACCUGGAAAAAAAGGAAAAGUUUUGAAAAAAGCAGCAAGCGCGCUCCAAGGCUAUUUUCAAAACUUUUCAGUUACUUCAACAUGUUCGCCUUCCAUUAUGCACGGCGAAAUUCCUGGUCAGCACAGUUAGCGAAGAUAUUCUGGUCAAAUCCGAUGCGGCCAGUCGGGAUCUCGUCGACGAGGCCAAAGUUUCCCUUAUUUCAAUUCAAAAAAUUGAUUUUUUAUUCCAGAAUUACCUUUUGUUACCUGUCGAAAGGCCAAAUAUGCAAGGACCAAGGACAAGGCCGAGGAAACCGUUGAAACUCGGGGAAAUCCUGUUUGCAGGUUGGGGUUUCAGAAAAAAACUUGAGAGGGGGGCGGCGGCGCUCUAUCUUAAUCUAGAACCCCCUCCCCUUUUCAAUUUUAGAACAAGCAUUGUAACAUUCCAGACCGCCCCCCCCGCCCCCCAUGGUCGGCUAUACAGCCCCCAACAAAUUUUUGAUUGGGGGGUGGAUCCAAAGGCACUUGGGUGUUUUUUUGAUUAGGGCUGCGGGCAGCUAUACCUUAUUCUAGAACUGCUCCCUCCCCCAUAGUGCUAACUAGGGGGUCUUCAAAAAUUACCCCUUUUCCGGAUCAGACCCCAACAUUCCAGAACCCCCCCCAUGGCCGGCUAUACAGCCCCCAACAAGACAAAUUUUUGAUUGGGGGGCAGCUAUAUCUUAUUCUAGAACUGCUCCCUCCCCCCGUAAACCUUGAAACAAGCAUUGUCCGGAUCCGCCCAAGAAAUUCACCCCCCCACAACAUCAAAACCGAAAUUCCCCUAUAUCUUACCCCCAAUGGGGGCUUAAAAAUUGACACUGAACUUGGUUUUUUUCUUUUGGAGUAUAAUUUUCUUUUCAGUGGGUGGUUGGUGCAGCGGAGACGCGAUCGCUUCCAUCGAAAGACAUGAUCCGAACCGACAAAUUCCGGUCUGGACCUGUGUGGCGCCGAUGAGCAAGAGAAGGUGAAAAAAAAAAAUCACGACGUUUUUUCUCCGUAAAGUUUCGUGUGUCGUGUGCAUGCACUGCGGCGCUCUCGCGCAGAAAAUUUCGCGUCCAUCUAGUGAGAAUCGGAUUCGUCUCAAAACACCUCUGGCAAUAUGGCCGCCUGCGCCUUUGAUAUGCCUUGUUACCGUUUCAAUGACGUCACGUGGGAACGGCGUAGGUUUUGACUCCGCCCACCGUUUUUUUGGUUUUGCAUUUUCUUCCACUGCGAAAUACAAAAAUUGACUUUUUCCUUGAAAUUGAAUAAACCAGUUCGAAAAUUGACUUUUCUAUCAUAUUAUCACCCUUUUUUAACUUUUCCUUUUCGUCGUCUAAUUCAAAUCCGCUCCUUCUUGUUGAAAUUACAAAAUCAAGACAUCUAAUCAAUAGGAAAGAGAAAGAACCAAUUACUUUGAAGCUUUUGUAGAACAGUAAUAUCCUGUUCAGAUGCGGCGUUGGUGUCGCCGUCCUCGGCAAUUUACUCUAUGCCAUCGGCGGCCACGAUGGACAAUCCUAUUUGAACAGCAUUGAGAGGUGAUUUUUAAAGUUUAAUCUCAAAUAUAUUUCGAAAUAUUAACUCAACUUCAGUUGAUUUUGCUCGAUUAAAUAUUUCAAAAAACAUAUUUUCUACUUUUUUUUUUCUGCUGAAGAACACUUUUUUUGAAAGGCAUGGCCGAUUUCUGUCCAUGCGCCUUUAAAUUAGGCUUGAAAGUUUCGUUUUUUUUUUAAGGCGUAUGUACAUGAAAAGGCCCAGCGUUUCGAAGAGAAGGUCUCUGUAGCAUCGUGAAACAUAGCAAAAGGGUCCUGGCACGAAAAAAAAGAAAUAGUGCCUGUUGGGUGGAGAGUGCAGAAACCCUUUUUCGAAACGCAUGGCCGAUCACUGUCCAUGCGCCUUUAAAUUAGGCUUGAAAAUUCCGUUCUAUUAAAGGCGCAUGUAUAUAAAUCGGUCGAGCGUUUCGAAGAGAAGGUCUCUGUAGCGUGGUGCAAAAAAAGCCUAGCUGUAUAGAAAAAGGGUCCUGGCACGAUUGAAAAAAGAGGGCACGCAUUUUUGCGUAAAACAGCCGUGAAUCGGCUAUAGCCUAUAGGCCAUUACGGGAUGUUUCUCUUCAUGCGCCUUUAAUUUUGGCCGAAAAUUUCCGUUAUUUUAAAGGCGCAGACAGAGAUAAGUAUCGCGCGCAUCGAAGUGAAUGCUUCUGUAGCUUGGAGCAAAACGAAAAUCAUGACAAGCUAGCGCGGAACAACCUAUAUACAAAAAAUUCAAAAGUUGUGGGUAUUGUGAAUAUUUUGAAAUAAAUUCCUCAGAUACGACCCGGUGACAGAUCAAUGGAGUUCUGACGUUGCUCCGACAGCCACUUGUAGAACUUCAGUCGGUGUUGCCGCUCUGAACGGAUUUCUGUACGCCGUGGGUGGCCAGGACGGCGAUAGCUGUCUGGACGUCGUUGAACGGUUCAUUCUCACGUUUAUUCAAGUUUUUUUGACCGUCAAUGAACUAAUUAACUGCUCAAAAACUGGUAACCCAAACCGGACGUUUCUCGAGAGAAUGGUCACUUAAGUGCGCUCUCAAAUGAUCACUUAACUGAAAAUUCCUUCCUGGCAGAUUUAAAGGCGCAUGGGCUGAUCUCAUGAAGGUCUUGAAGCGUUUAGCAAUUUUUCGCGUUUUUCUAGCCGUCAAAAAGCUCUUUGUCUUCACGGCGUUAUUUUUACGACGCCCCGCCCACAAUUUUCGUAAUAUUUGAUGUGUUUGGUGCAUACACAGUCGCUAACUUGCAUACUCAAAAAAUCAAAAAAAAAUUUUUAUUCAAAAAAUCGCCUUAUUUUAACUAUAGAAAUGGAAGUGAUUGAUUUUUUUACAGUUCCGUGACAUUUUUUUGAUUGAUCACCCUGGAAAAUAUGUCAAAGUAAUUUUUUUCAGUGACCAACGUGGAAUUUUUGUAAAAUAACAACUUUAUGUGGUUCUAUGUUUCUUUUUUUACUCAUCAAAAAUUAAAAAAUUGACCUAGUGGUCUUUUUCUCCCUGCUGUAAUAUUGCCAUUACGAAAAUGCAGUGAAAAGAAUUCGUUAUAGGACCUUAACCUGCGCCUUUAAACACCUAAAAAAAACUAUAAAGUCCGAAAAACUUGAAUAUAAUCAAUUUAGGUACGAUCCUCAUCGAAAUGAGUGGACGAAAGUCGCCAGAAUGGGAACACGUCGUUUGGGAGUCUCGGUUUCUGUACUGGAUCGAUGUCUGUACGCAGUUGGAGGCUCAAACGGCCCUUCUCCGUUGAGCACGGUUGAGAGGUGCAUAAAAACUGAAAACAAUGUAAAAAUGAUGAAAAAAUGAAAAACGACAAAAAAAUUCAUUUUCCAAAUGUAAAGUACGAUGUUCCACUUUACGAUUUAUCGCUGGAGCGCCCUUUCCUAUGUUAUCGAUCGACGGGAUCUUUCAUUCAGUUUUCAUCUUUUUUCUGAUUUUCAUUGCAUUUUUCUGAAUUUAUUUAUAUUUUUUAUUGUUUACCGUUGUUCUUCUUUAAUGCCGUGUUCGAUUUGAAUUCGCGAAAUGUAAAAAUACCUGUUAAAGAAAGGAAAAAGAUCACUAAAUUUUUUGGAGAGUCAGAGAUCAUUUCACAUUUCGCAGAAUCAAAUUGAACACGUCAUAAGUUUAUUUUUGAUAACUUAAAAUGCAUUGAAAUCGAAAUUUCGGAAUGAUUUUGGGGAAUUUGUGUAAAAAAAAACGCCCUGAAAUUUUAGGAUUUUUAGUUGAUUCAUCACUGAACUUAGGAACUGACGAAAUUUAAAUCUCUAUUUAAUGUAUUUUUAUGCGAUUUCGAGAAAUUUUGACAAAUUUUUUAAUAAUUAAUUAUGAUAGUAUUUUUUGGUGCAUUGGAAAAGUAUAAUAAUAACUUUUUCCAUUGAAUGAGAACAGUGAAAAAAUUUUUUUUUCAAUCGUAUUUUUGAUUGUCGUUUGUCUAACGGGAUUUCUAUUCUUAGAUACGAUCCACGAGUUGGAAAAUGGGAAGAAAUUCGCCCCAUGUUGACCAGAAGGAAGCACCUGGGCACAGCCGUGUUUGAUGGCCAUAUUUAUGCGGUUGGCGGUCGGGAUACCACCACGGAACUGAAUACCGUUGAGAAGUUUGUUCAUAAUGUAUAAAUAUAUUUUUAAAGUGUAUUUUGUCAGGUACAAUGCAGCGAUGAACGAGUGGACGCCAGUUAUCGCGAUGAACGCACGGAGAAGCGGGGUUAGUUUUUUUUUUUUUCGCGUUCUCCUUACUUGGGAUUUUCCUGAAAGCUGGCCAGAACUCUCCUUGAUGUACCAGAAAAAGGUUCUGACAGUCUCAACCUGCACAUCUUACUGGUUUUUGAGAAAAAAGUCUCGAAGUCAAAGCAAACCCUCAAAGUCAUGAAAAAUAUAGCCCGCUCACGGCUAGCUUGGAACAGCGAACGGGUGGUUUAACUUACGCGGAGAUGGUAGUUCAUUGCGGCCAUACAUGCGCCUUUAAUAAGAGCCUCAUUUGGUGAAUUAUUUCUUUUUCUAUCGAAUUUUUUUGUUUUUUACAUUUCUUUUAAAUCGACGAAUUAUAAGAGAAACAAAUAGAACAUGAAAUGGGGCUUUUAUGAAAGGCGCAUGAAUAGUCGCCAUGAUCUACCUUCGCCGCGAAAAAAAAAACCACCUGGUCGCUGUUCCCAGCCAGCCGUGAACGAGCUACAGGCUUAUUUUGAGGCUUUAAGCCCUUAUUUGAACGAGGAAGUUCUGCAGGUUAAGGCUUUCAGAAUCUUCAUCUGGUACAUCCAGAAGUGUUCUGGCCAAUUUUCAAGAAAUUCGCAAAGUAAAUUGACCUCCACUUUGAGAUAAAGCUUGAAUUUUUGAGCAAAACUAUUUUUUUUUUGUGUUUUCUUUUGUUUUUGACCGAGAUAGAGCUACUUUUUUUGAAUUUUUAUUUUUUUAUAUCCGCACUCUAAAUAUCUGAAUUUUUAGAAAAGCUACAACAUUUUUAAAUCUCUGAAAUAAAUCGGAAAUUUUUUUGUUAUCAAAAAGUCCUCCUGAUGUAGUUUUCAUAGCGUUACUUCGAGUUUAUUUUUCAAAAUUACAAUUAUUCUGAUUUUUCAGGAUAAGCGCAGCCUAGAAAAAGUUAUAGUUAGCUUGAAACUAUUUCAAGGAGAAAUAAUUUAUAACAAAGUAUUGAUUGACAGUUUAUCAUUACAGAAAAAAGUUAUGGAGCUUCAAAGUCCCUAAAAUACGCAAAUUAGGCCAAAAAAGCGCUAUUUCGGGCUUUUGAAGCUCCAUAACUCGGAAACAAGAUCUAUUGCGAAAAAUUUUUUCUGCUCUGGAAUCAGGAGGUUCUAAAGUACACUUCCCCAAAGUUUCAGCAAAAUUUCAAGCGGGGGUGAAAAAAACGUUCUCUAGUCAAUAUUUAAGGUCGGCGUCGCGGUGGUCGACGAGAAAUUGUAUGCGGUCGGCGGUUUCGACGGACAAACUUAUCUGAAAACCGUCGAACAGUUUGAUCCCGAUAACAACCGGUGGAGACAUCAUUCUACUAUGAAUUAUAGGUAAGAAUUAAAAAGUUGAAAACGGAAAAAUGUUCAUUUCCUGUAGUUUUAUUUUAUAUAGGGAAUGUUGUGAUUUUUUUUUUCGGAAAAGUCUUUGAAAAUUGAGCUACAGUUUUACGAAUGUGCGCUCCACGGAUAAAACCUUGAAAUUUUGGUUUCCACGAGAGGGAUUCCAGAGUGGUCACUUUAGGGGUUAGGGAAACAAAAAACGCUUACAGGAGCCGAAAAAGUGGUCACUGUAGGGGUUAGGGGGGACCUUUAUCGGAGCAAAAAAAGUGGUCUCUAUAGGGGUUUAGGGUCUGAUCCCUUAGUUUCUAAAGCUCAAGUGGACCCUAUAGGGGUCUCUCAGUUUCAUUCAAAGAACGCUUAUUUAUUCAGUUUUUUUUCAAAUGCUUCUUCGCCUAGAUUUCAUAAUAAUUAUCGACUAGCAUGUCCCCUAUAGAAACCACUUUUGCAAGCUUUAGUGGCCCCUAUAGGGAUUGGUAAAGUAUUCCUUCCUAGGGCACCCUCCAAGGGCUCCUAAGGUUGCCCCUAUAGGGACCACUCUGGAGUUUCUAAGAACGAGUUUUCGGCGCUGUAGAGGAGUUUUAUCCGUGGAGCACAAUUGAUCCCAUUUUUCUGUGACUUUUCUUUGAUGUCAAACGCAUGUGUGCUCCAAGAACAACAUUUUUCUCCCUCUUUUCCAAAAAUUUCCCUUACAGGCGCUUGGGCGGCGGCUUGGGCGUCAUCAAAAUGCCCGAGUUGGCGACGUCGUCGGCUCCAGAAUCCUCGCGUCAGAAUGUUUCCUCCGACAUUGUCAGAUCGACCUUUUCCAACGUCGACCAAAAUUAUGGAUUUGAUGAUAUUUUGAAUCAUGUCUAG